AUGUUGAAUGCUGAUCCUUCAUUGCUUAAUGUCUCUACCCUCACCACUGAACAGAUUCAAAAGAUUAUCUCUGCGCCUAUAUGUCAAGCUAAGCUUCAGCAUAACUUGACUUUCCUGGCCAAACUUGCUGACGCUGGGUCUCAGGCACCGGCUCCUUCUCAGACUGUGCAGGUCUCGUCCCAGACUAUUAUGCAACUGGGGCAAGGCAUGCAGCAACCCCAAGUUGCAAUGUCUCAUCCACAACCAGAUCUAUCUACAUUGAACUUGCCCUUUGAAAUGAAUGAUCAGCAACAGCUGCAGCAGCAGCAGCAGCAGCAUCUGGCAAUGUCUCUACAUCAACCUGAUAUCUCUACAUCAAAAUUGCCCUUGCAGAUGAAUGAGCAAAACUAUAAGUUGCCACUUUUCUUCUACCAGCAACAACCUAUCCCUGGACCAAUGGUUAGCUUUCCUGGUGCUAAUAGUGGCAUAUAUCAGGCAUCUCAAACCAGACUUGGUAAUCUUCCAGAUACACCAUCAAGCAACCAAACUGGCUCAGAUUCUGGUCCUGGCUGGUCUUAG